CUUGCAAAGUCAGAGCCCGUUGGAUGUGGCCGUCGCAUGUUCCUUGCAGCCUUGAUCCUCGCAUCAAAGUUCCAACAAGAUCGCACCUACUCUAACAAGGCCUGGUCAAAGAUUUCAGGUCUUCCCGUUUCCGAGAUCAACCUGAACGAAAUCACCUUCUUGACUUUGAUCGAUUACCGUCUCUUUGUCUCUCAGUCUGUCUUUCAAAAGUGGGUCACCAUCCUCACC